UGUGUGGUGGGCUCCGCGUUGCCCCACGGAGGCUGUUUGCGUGACACCCCCUCCGCCUUCUAGUUCGCCUCCUGCAGCACGGGUGCCAUGGCAACGGAGACAGGCUGCAACCUGGGUUCCGGAAGCCAGAGAGCUGGAGCUUGAAAAGUACCCGAUCUAAGGAUGCUGAGUUCUGAGCGCCUAGCUCUACCGGACUACGAGUAUCUGGCUCAGCGACAUGUCCUCACGUACAUGGAGGAUGCAGUGUGCCAGCUGCUAGAGAACAGGGAGGAUAUCAGCCAGUAUGGCAUUGCCCGGUUCUUCACAGAAUAUUUUAACAGUGUAUGCCAAGGAACUCACAUACUUUUUCGGGAAUUCAGCUUCAUCCAAGCCACGCCUCACAACAGGGCAUCAUUUUUACGGGCCUUCUGGAGGUGCUUCCGAACUGUAGGCAAAAAUGGUGAUUUGCUGACCGUGAGGGAGUAUCACUGUCUGCUGCAGUUACUGUGCCCGGAUUUCCCGCUGGAGCUCACUCAGAAAGCAGCCAGGAUUGUGCUCAUGGAUGAUGCCAUGGACUGCCUGAUGUCUUUUUCAGACUUCCUUUUCGCCUUCCAGAUCCAGUUUUACUAUUCAGAAUUCCUGGACAGUGUGGCUGCCAUCUAUCAGGACCUGUUGUCAGGGAAGAACCCCAAUACAGUGAUUGUGCCAACAUCAUCCAGUGGGCAACACCGCCAACGACCUGCCUUGGGCGAGGCCAGCAUGCUGGAAGGAGUAGAGGCAUCAGUGUUCUACCAGUGCCUGGAAAACCUGUGUGAUCGGCAGAAGUACAGCUGCCCGCCCCCAGCACUUGUCAAAGAGAUCCUGAGCAGCGUGCAGAGGCUGACUUUCUACGGAUUCCUGGUGGCCCUCUCAAAGCAUCAUGGACUCAAUCAAGCCCUGGGAGCUUUGCCUGAUAAAGGAGACCUGAUGCAUGACCCAGCCAUGGAUGAGGAGCUAGAAAGGCUGCUGGUCCAGGUCCCUGGCCUGGUCAACUCCAUCACUACCACUACAGAGGCCAGCUACCUGCCUUCCCGGACCCCUCCCCGGGUUGGCUCCCCAUGGAGACCCCUCCAUCACUCCCACAAAGUGGAUGCAGAAAGCGAUGGCUCCACAGAAGAGACAGAUGAAUCCGAGACCUGAGUCCAAGGGGCCUUGUUUAUGACCUGUACCUUACUUCCCACCCUGCCCUAGCUACCCUCACCAGACCACCUCGCCAGUGUCACUGUGCUGCCCCCUAGUGGAGAAAGGGGUGAAUAACAAACAGCUCUAGCCAUGAGACCUGCAGUACAGUGAUAAGCCAAGCAGUCACCCCAGAAAUUUCAUAGUCACAGCUCCCUGGCCAUUGACUUUUGACUAUUUGUUGAGCCCUAAAUUGCCAUACUGUCCUGAGGCCACCUCAGCACUGGGAAAGGUAUUGGCUUUAGCCUUUUGUUGGCAGUCCUCUUUACCCCUCAAGAGCAGUGUCUUCUCGUCCACCCUCUGCUAUACUCAUUAAGGGAGGUUUCUCAUAGGGCUCCUAAAAGGGAGAACAUGAAUUAGUAAUGCAGGGCCUUGCAGUAAAAGGUGACUCCUGAGAGCAAGUACUGGGAAGACAUACCAACUGUGGCCUUCUGCUGGAGAAAUCAGCCACUAGGAUUAAGAUGGGCAAGAAAUUUCGCCUUCAGAAUUUGCUUUAAGUUUGUGUCAAAGAGUUAAAUCUGUUAAAUGAAUAAAGUCCCUUGUGUCUGGUAAA